AUGUUAUGUGACGCUCUCUUCUCGAUUCGCCCCUUACUGUAUACAGUCACAAGUUGCACUGGUCAAGAACGGAUGACUUCUUACCCGAGAAAAUCUACAUCCAGAAGAUCUGUUCCUUCGUGGUUGACGGUUUCUGGAAAAGUGCUCGUGAGAAACUACGUUCAGAACAACAAGCACGAAGCAAAUGGACGAGAAGUUGAGCUGAUUGAGGCAAAUCCCGAUUACGCUUUUCUGAGGAAAGCAUCGUUUCUGGUCGAAUUAAUUACACCAAAAGCUGCCUACGUGAUCACUUCCCCUUUAAUCCGGGAUGAAUUUGUCGCGAACGAAUUGCGGCGCCACCCACUCCGUCCCGUUUUCUCAACACCGUGUAUACCUUUAUCGGGACUGCGUACACGAGAAGCAUGUGCUGGUCGGUCGCUCGGUCGUUACGAGACAGUGCGCACGGUCCAAUACGUCGAUCUUUCAUUCUUUCCUGAAUCAAUUGCUUCAUUCAUUUAUCCCUUUCUUUUUCCUGUUUUUUUUUUUCGUCUCAUAUUCCUUUCAUUCUUUUUUCUGUGUGAUUUGUUAAUUUUUUGGGGUAAAUUCAUUUUGCUUCUAUCUAUCUAUCUAUCUAUCUAUCUAUCUAUCUAUCUAUCCUUUUAA